AUGCUCCCCCAGCGACAUAUCCUCCGCGCGGCCCCGCGAUUCGCCGCCCAGCUGCGUGCCCCCGUCUUCCGCUCCACCCUGCAGCGCCGUCUCGCUUCCACCGAGAACGCCUUCGUCAAGGAGCGACAGGCCGUCAAGGAGCACGCUGGAGAGUCCACUGAACGAACCAACAGCGGCAUCCCCCCCUGCAUCCUCCUGGCCGGCCUCAACGCCUACAACCUGUGGACCGAGCACUGGGAGCACUGGUCGCACAUGCCGCCGCUGGAGGAGCGCGUCGAGUACCCCUACCAGAACAUCCGCUCCAAGAACUUCCCCUGGGGCAACGGCGACGAGACCCUGUUCUGGAACCCCUCCGUCAACUACCACGACAAGGACAAGACCACCUAA